AUGAAACACCAUGCACCAGCACCUCUACACUCUCGUAAAGUCGUUGUGCUUGACAUCGGGCAAGCCGGAUCUAGUACAGGGCCUGGGACGAGCCAGUAUGCCGCUAGCCAGAACACUCUGGUUGAUUCUCAGGCCUCUUCGCACUCUGCGCUUCUACUAGCGUCAACACUUGUUGCUCAGCCAGCUACGUGUCCGAAGACUUACCAACAGUUCUUCUCUCAGUUAGGAAAACCACUACGUUUCAUCGGGUGGGCCGUAUCGACUUCAACUCGCCCUUCGGACGAUGACUCCUUCAAGCCCGUGUCUUACAUUCCGCCCCGAUCUGUCGUUGACGCCAUCACCGUGUCCGAGCCCCUGCCUUCUGUGGAUGACAGAGGUACGCAGACCGCGCUUUUCCUGCUCUGCGAUACGCUGAUGAUCCCUCCUCUAUUCCUUCCCUCUGCGGUGCCUGCGCUCCGCCCGCCCUCCUUUCUGCCUCUAUGGCUACCCUUGUUGAACCCCGCCACACGGUCAUGA